AUGCAGUGCCACAAAUUCGCGCGGCAGCAGCAGCUGCGUGGUGGUGCUGCUGCUCCAUCCAGGACGCCCGUUGCCCGUAUCGCCCGGCAAUGCCGCGCAGCGCCAGUGGUGGACAGCACCAAGAAUGGCAGCAGUAGCAAUGGCACACACACCGGGAGCUGCCCCACGCCUGCGGAGACCGCCCGCACGAUAAUCGACAUCGUCAACGAGGGCUCCCUGUGCUCCGUAUCUGCGGACGGGUCGCCCCUUGGCGCCCCUGUGGCGUACCAGCUUGACAAAGACGGUCAGCCCGUCAUCCAGGUCGCAGCAGCAUCGCUUGAGGCGGCCAACCUGCAGCGCGACGCGCGAGCGAGUCUGCUGGUUCAGCCAACGGCCUUUCCAGCGCGCGGCGUGGCAUCGGUGGCGCUGCAGGGGAAGGUGCAGCCUCACGAAUCAGGGGAGGGCAGCAGCAGCGAGACGGCCGCAUUCAAGCUGCAGAUCGACCAGUGUGUGUAUUACGGCGGUCUUGACAACAGCGGCGUUGGGCAGGCGUUUAGCGGCGACGAAUAUCGGGCAGCGGAGCCGGACGCGCUGCGCAAGUUUGCUGUGGAGCUGAUCUCUGUGUGGAACUCCGACCGCGCCGAGGACAUCUACCGCAUUGUGUCGGCGCACAUGGGGGUGCCGCUGGUUGAGAUGGCGUAUGCGGAACUGCUGUGGCUGGAUCGGCUGGGCAUGUACAUUCGCAGUGAGGUGGCUGGCCGCACGCCCGAGGUGGUCCGCGUGCCCUUCUACCGACCGGUGCUUGACGAGCGUGACGCGCGCAGCGUCAUCACCAUGGCAGCGCAGCUAGCCUGGGAGAGUGAGCGCACCUAUGUGCCACCGCUGCCCGCCAUCUUCCAGGAUGCGGCCAGCAAUUAA